AUGAAGCUUUCUAGCUUUGUCAUUUCCCUCCUCUUAACCACUGUCGGCAACGCCUCUGCCGGCUGCCUGGAUCAUAUUUCUGCAAACACAAUGGCUAUCUUCAGCGGUGCUCCCUUAGCCUUUGCUACAGAUUACCAAACCGGCUCUCAAUGCGCAAGCUAUUGCGGUAGCCUCGCAGAAUGCAUGUCUUGGCUCUACAGCGUGAGAGGGGGGGAAUGCCAGUUGUACAAGGGCACUGCUCUAUCAACCUUUUCGUCUCAGCAUUUUAUGUAUGGUGUUUGCGACGGCCAUCGAAAUCUUACUACACCAUCUGCGGGCUCAUCGGUAGCUGCGCCAGCUUCGCCGAGCACCAGCACUGUCUUCUCCGCAAUGACUAGUGGAACUCCUCCACUGCAUCUUUUAGAAAAAGCACCUUCACCAGCAAAAUCAUCACCAUGGUCAUCAUUUUUGACUUUGAGAUGCCGUCAAUUCACUAGUAAUCCGGGCGUGCGCGGGUAUGGCCUUCCAUACGUUCUAUUUAACUAG